AUGAAAGCCGCUUUGCUGUCUGCCUUGGCUCUGUGCCUCACUCGCGCAUCUGCGGCACCUGGACUCCAGGGACGGAGUGGUGGAUUUGAUGAUGGGGAGCCCAUCAGUCCAGAUGGAAAAGGCGGCCCUUUUUCAGGCGGUACCAACCAUCAGCUGGACUUGCAGAAUCCGAAUAACCUGGGCGAACAGUCCACCGACAAUGGCGUCGUCCCAAACCUCAAAUGGAGCUUCUCCGACUCUAGAACGCGCAUCUUAAAAGGCGGUUGGGUUCGAGAGCAAGUUGUCACCGAUCUCCCCUCAAGUCCAGAUGUUGCAGGCGCUCAAUUCCAUCUGGAGAAGGGGGCUAUUCGAGAGCUGCACUGGCAUCGAGUGGCCGAAUGGGGCUUCGUCUAUGCUGGCCACGUAACGGUGUCGGCCGUCAAUGAGAACGGCGGAUACGAAGUUGCAGAACUCGGCUACGGCGAUAUCUGGUAUUUCCCCAAGGGGGUCGCACACUCGGUGCAAGGCCUUGACACCGAGAAUGAGUUUCUCCUGGUUUUCGAUGACGGCGAUUUUGAUAAGAUUGGCACCACUUUCCACGUCGACGACUGGAUCGCUCAUACCCCUCGCUCAGUCCUCGCAAAGAACUUUGGCGUUGACGAAUCCGUCUUCGAUUCCAUCCCUGCCGCCGAUCCUUACAUUAUCAACGGGACUGUUAGCACUCACAACGUCACGGGUGCUUCCCCUCCGCUUUCUGGCGACAGCUCUUUCGUCUAUCGAACGCUGCAGCACGCUCCCGAGAAGAUUGGCGGAAGCGGCGGCGAGCUCCACAAGAUUGACUCUACCAACUUUCCAAUCAGCAAAACGAUAGCCGCAGCAUUGAUAACGUUGAAGCCCGGUGCCUUACGAGAGCUGCACUGGCAUCCAAACGCCGCAGAAUGGCUCUACUUCCACAAAGGCACCGCCCAAGCCACCGUCUUCAUCGGCAACGCCGCCGCCCGCACAUUCAACUUCCGCGCCGGCGACACGGCCGCGUUCCCGGACAACUCGGGGCACUACAUUGAAAACACGUCAGACACGGAGGACCUGGUCUGGAUCGAGAUUUACAAGUCGGACCGCGUGGCCGAUAUUUCACUUACCCAGUGGCUCGCGCUGACGCCGCCGGACAUUGUUGCGCAGACGCUCAAGGUGCCGUUGGAGUUUGUGGAGAAGUUGAAGAAGGAGAAGCAGGUGUUGAUUCAGUAG